CUCUCUAUGAACUUUGCUUUGCUCAUCUCUUUUAUCUCCAGUUUCUCUGAGCUCUGCUUUUUGUAAGUAAUCUCAUCAGAGAAGCUCAAUUCUGUACUUGUAUGAUCCUUAAUUAGGCCUUUGAACUUGUUUUCUAGAGAUUCCGUUCAUGUGAAAUCAUACGGCCGCCAAAUUUAGGUUUUUUCUUUUAGUUCUGGAGGUCUACAAUGGGAAUUUAUAGCUGCAGCGCAGUGUUGAGCUUCGGCUUGAAAUGUCCAUUAGUUAUUGCAAGGCAUAGGCUUUACCAUCGCAUGUUUAGACGAAUCCCAUUACUUGUAGAAUCCCGUCUAAAUAGGCUCUGUAGUUGCAAAUGUAGUGCGAGUCUGGCCAUUGGCGAGGUUGUAGAGAAGGAAGAUACAGAACAAAGCCCUAGGUUUAUUUGGGCUGAUGUUGGUCUGAAUCUGACAGAAGAACAGGAUGAGGCAAUCACUCGGAUUCCUAUUAAGAUGUCAAAACGUUGUCAAGCGCUUAUGCGGCAGAUUAUUUGCUUCUCCAGCGAAAAGGGAAGCUUUUGUGAUUUGUUGGGUGCUUGGGUUAGGAGGAUGAACCCCAUUAGAGCUGACUGGCUUUCUAUUCUUAAAGAGUUGAAGAAUCUUGACUCUCCCUUUUAUAUCAAGGUGGCUGAGUUUUCGCUGCUCGAAGAUUCCUUUGAAGCGAAUGCCCGUGAUUAUACCAAGAUCAUCCAUUACUAUGGGAAGCUAAACCAAGUGGAAGACGCUGAAAGAACUCUUCUUUCCAUGAAAAAUCGAGGCUUUCUCAUUGAUCAGGUGACCCUUACUGCAAUAGUUCAGUUGUAUAGCAAGGCAGGCUAUCAUAAAUUGGCUGAAGAAACUUUCAACGAGAUCAAAUUGCUUGGGGAGCCACUAGAUAAUCGAUCAUAUGGUUCAAUGAUUAUGGCCUACAUUAGAGCUGGUGCCCCCGAGAAAGGAGAGGCUUUACUCCGAGAAAUGGACUCCCUAGAGAUAUGUGCGGGAAGAGAGGUUUACAAGGCAUUGUUGAGAGCUUACUCUAUGGGUGGAGACGCGGAGGGAGCUAAGCGGGUCUUUGAUGCCGUUCAAAUUGCGGGGAUUACUCCUGAUGUAAAGCUAUGUGGACUGCUCAUAAACGCAUACAGUGUCUCGGGUCAGAGUCAGAAUGCGCGUUUGGCGUUUGAGAAUAUGAGAAAAGCGGGAAUCAAAGCUACUGAUAAGUGUGUGGCUCUUGUAUUGGCUGCAUAUGAGAAGGAAGAAAAGCUAAACGAAGCAUUAGGGUUCUUGGUUGAGCUUGAGAAAGACUCUAUAAUGGUAGGGAAAGAAGCUUCUGCUGUGUUGGCUCAGUGGUUUAAGAAGCUUGGUGUUGUUGAAGAAGUUGAAUUACUUCUUAGGGAGUUUUCAUCUAGCCAGUCUCAACCCCUCUAAGAUUGUGGGCUUCAUCAUCAUGCUUGAAGCGCCUUGCUAUUUCUAUCAUAGGAGGACCCUGCACCCUGCACCGCGUAUUGUUUUGUCCGUCCACCAAAACAGCCACUGAUUUUCUUAUUUGCAUUUUGUACGUAUAUAUUACGCGCAUAUGUUCUGACUUUU